UUAAAAAUAAAAAAAAUGAAAAGAAAUGCGCACAACGAAGGCCGUCACUUUAGACUGAUCGACUACUACCACCGCGUACUGCAUCGCCGUCGCCCGCCUUCAUUCUGUACCCACCGCCACGUCGAUCUCCUCCCGAUUCACAAGUAGACUAAACCGGCGAUUUCAAUUUAUUUCGCGCCACAGUUGAAAAAAAUUACAAUCAAGCAUCACCGGACUUGAAAUUUGCGGAGAAAUGGCUGUGGUUGCUUCUGCUCCGGGAAAGGUUUUGAUGACUGGUGGAUACCUAAUUUUGGAGAGGCCGAAUGCUGGGAUUGUAUUGAGUACGAAUGCUCGAUUUUAUGCAAUUGUGAAACCACUGUAUGAGGAGAUUAAACCUGAAUUUUGGUUGUGGGCAUGGUCGGAUGUGAAAUUGACUUCUCCUCAGAUGUCAAGAGAAACUACGUACAAAUGGUCGCUUAAGCAUCUGAUGCUUCAGUGCGUCUCCUCAAGUGACUCAAGGAACCCGUUUGUGGAAUAUGCACUUCAAUAUGCAAUAGCGGCAGCACAUGCCACAUUUGACCAAAAUAAGAAGGACGAGUUGCAAAAAAUUUUGUUGCGAGGUCUUGAUAUUACAAUAUUAGGUUGCAAUGAGUUUUAUUCAUAUAGGAAUCAGAUUGAAGCACGAGGGCUUCCGUUGACUCCAGAGUCAUUAGCUUCCCUCCCACCUUUUACUUCCAUUGCAUUCAAUGCAGAAGAAUCAGGAGAGAAGAAUUGCAAGCCUGAAGUUGCCAAAACUGGAUUAGGUUCAUCAGCAGCUAUGACAACUGCUGUUGUCGCUGCUUUACUUCAUUACUUUGGAGUAGUCAAUCUUCCCUCUAUGGCCAAUGGUCAUGUUCAAGGGAAUGAAGGGGCUGAAGCGUUGGAUGUUGUUCAUAUCAUUGCUCAAACUGCUCAUUGUAUUGCACAGGGUAAAGUAGGCAGCGGAUUUGACGUGAGUUCUGCUGUUUAUGGCAGUCAUCGGUACAUUAGAUUUUCACCGGAAGUACUUUCUUCUGCUCAGGGUGCUGUUCAAGGAAUGUUGAUAGAAGAUGUCAUAGGUGAUGUUCUAAAAUCCAAUUGGGAUCACGAGAGGACUAAUUUUUCGUUGCCUCCAUUAAUGACUCUAUUACUAGGAGAACCAGGAACGGGUGGUUCAUCAACACCAUCAAUGGUUGGUGCUGUAAAGCUGUGGCAAAAGGCUGAUCCGCAAAACUCUCUCGAAACAUGGAAAAAAUUGUCUGAAGCAAAUUCCGCCCUUGAAUUCCACUUUAACAACUUAAGCAAAUUGGCAGAAAACAAUUUUGAUGCUUAUAGAAAUGCCAUCAACAGCUGCAGCAAGCUGACAUCAGAAAAGUGGACUGAAGGAGCCACUGAACCAAACCAAACAGAAGUUAUUAAAUCACUAUUAGGAGCUAGAAAUGCCAUGCUCGAGAUCAGGUCUAACAUGCGGAAGAUGGGAGAGGCCGCCGCAAUUCCUAUAGAACCUGAAUCACAAACUCAACUGCUAGAUACCACAAUGAAUAUGGAAGGAGUUCUAUUGGCUGGUGUACCUGGUGCAGGUGGGUUUGAUGCUGUCUUUGCUGUCACCUUGGGUGAUGUUAGCAGCAAUGUGAUCCAAGUCUGGAGUUCACUCAAUGUUCUUGCCUUGCUAGUGAGAGAAGAUCCUCGUGGGGUUCGUUUAGAAGACAACGAUCCACGAGCAACACAAGUUACAGCUGGCAUUUCUUCGAUUCGCAUCGAAUGAAAAUCCUUUUUUUCCAUUAUUUUUUGCCGUCAAAGUUCAGGUAGAAAAAUUUGUAAUUUUUAAGGUCUCAAAAGGGACACCUAUUCUUGAGCAAGAAAACAGUCAAUAAACAAAAAUAUCUGUUGUAAUAUCAGACAUUGUAUCUUUCGAAAUUUAAUUCAGUGUUGGACAUA